AUGCUUCUCCUUGACUAUCAAAAUGUGCUUAUCCAAUCGCUUCUUACAGAACGCUUCUCCGGCGCUGCCCCUGUCUCCAUAGACCAGGUCGUCUCCGAUUUCGAUGGCGUCACAUUCCAUCUCUCCACACCAGAGUCAAAGACCAAAAUCCUGAUUUCAAUUACCCUGAAGUGUUUCCGCGAGUUGGUUCAGUAUGGCGCCCAGGCCGUUUUGGAGCGGGAAUAUGGCCCAUACAUCGUCAGCCCAGAGGCUGGUUACGACUUCUCCGUUCAGAUCGAUUUAGAAAACCUGCCACCGAGCGCGGAAGAGAAGGAAGAUUUGAUUCGACGCCUGUCUCUGCUCAAGCGCAACGUCAUGGCCGCCCCAUUUGAACGUGCCUUCGACGAGUUUGCCAAGCUGUCAGAAGAAGCAUCCAGGUACACUUCAGAAUCAGCUCCACAGGGUGUUAAGGAAGGUGGUGAAGUGAUGGCCAUUCACUAUCGCGACGAGGAAGCCAUCUAUAUCAAAUCCAGUCACGACCGGGUGACAGUUAUUUUCAGCACCAUCUUCCGCGAGGAAACUGACCGCAUAUUUGGCAAGGUCUUUUUGCAGGAAUUUGUUGAUGCUCGAAGACGGGUCCAAACACUGCAGAAUGCCCCUCAAGUCCUCUUCCGAAACGACCCUCCUCUCGAGCUAGAAGGUAUUCCGGGAUUGAAAAACUCAGGGGAUGGAAAAUACAGUUAUAUCACUUUUGUCCUUUUCCCCCGUCACUUGACACCGCAACGCCGCUAUGAUAGUAUUUCCCAUGUUCAGACCUUCCGUGAUUACUUCCACUAUCACAUCAAGGCAUCGAAGGCGUAUAUCCACACCCGUAUGCGAAAACGCACUGCUGAUUUCCUCCAAGUUCUCAACCGUGCGAGACCCGAGAAUGAAGAGCGCGAGAGGAAGACAGCCAGUGGAAGAACUUUCCGUGUUCAGGGCUAG